UCGGAAUUCUUUAGGUGAAAAAGACAUUAGAAAAACAUGUUCAGAAAGAUCAAAAGCCGAAAUCACAUGACGAGAAGACUGGUGAGAAACCCAAAGAUGACCAUAAACAUGAACCACAUCACGAUGAAAAAGACGUCAAGAAAACAGUGAAGAUUAAUCACGAAUCACAUCAUAUUGUCGCCAAAGGCGACAAGACUCAUGGGGGCUCCGAAGCUAGCCAGCCUUGUGAUGAUGCGAAAGAUGGGCGUCUGGACGAUAUGAGGGCAAGAAGUGAGAUUGAGGAUGGGGUACAUAUACCACGUAAAGUUUGUCCGGUUUCGGCUGUUGGGUUUGGUGAUUGCAAGGCGUUCAGGGUUUUGUCUGUGUUGUCUGAUGUUCCGUUUAAUACCGGUAUUGUGUUUGAUAAACAAUGUGAUGAUUGUCGGUCAUCAAGAAUUCGUGGGACUGUGUCGGUUCAAAGUCCUUACUUUAGUCGGCGCGGUUUCUCUGGUAACUUUGGCGAAAAGUUUCGGGCAUUCCUGACUUAUCAGAUUAUUUCAUCGCUUGGUGAACAAUCACAAGCGAUAGAAGAAGUGGAGGUGACCAGUGUUUGUUAUAAUACGAAAACAUGUAACAGUGUUACAGUUGAGUUUACUAUUCAAUGUGAUCCAAAACAAAAUGAAUUAAUACGCAGUGCUUUGAAUGAAGCUGUUCUUGGAAAAAAGGUAUAG